AUGGUGAUGUUAGAAGAAAAAAAGGUUGAAGAGAAUCUUAAACGAAAGUCAUCUUCACAAAAUCAAGAAGUUCAGGAUGCUGACUACCAUUUUUUGAUGAGCCUAUUGCCCUCAUUAAGAGAUAUACCAGCUUACAGGAAACUUAUGCUAAGGCGUAAAAUUGAGGACUUGUUUCUACAAGAAGAGAGGUACAGCACUGUGGGCGAGUUUAACUAUAAUCCUCAACCAGGAUCUCAUCAAAACAUGGUAUCACCUGGUGGGCAAUCAGAUGUAAGUAGUAUUGGAGGUCAUAUGAAUGUAGGAUCAUACGAAGAUGGAGAGCUCACUGAGUUGAUCGCAGGAUAUGAAGUGUUUAAAAUGACUUUCAAUGUUACUUAA